AAUAUUUAUUAAUUACCUCUAUGAAGUGUUAAAUGUUUGAUUACACAACGUUGUGACAUAAGUACAGUAUCUUUGGCAUCGCUGGUUCAUAUCAAAUUGUUUGACAAUUUCAUUUUGUUUGAACAAGCUACGUCUGUUAAAUAAAGAUAAAUAAUUGUGUGAAUCUCGUGCUACCGUAUCUUGUUUAUACAGCACAACAUUAGAAUGAGUAGUUCGGAUAGCGGCCGGAAUUUGUCCCAAUUAAAUGUGGGGUUUGUUGGCGGUGGAAACAUGGCCUAUGCUAUUGCCGCUGGUUUAUUGUCUAAAGGUGUGCUGAAGGCUAGCCAAGUGAUCGUAUCCGCAACAUCUCUGAUCAAUUUGCAAAAACGUUGGAGUAACCUAAAUGUGAACAGGUUCACAAUUGACAAUGCUGAAGUUUUGCGCCAGGCAGAUGUUUUAUUUCUUUGUGUAAAACCUCAUAUUCUGCCUGUGUGCCGUAGCUCGAUAAUCGCCGGGGCGAGUGGCCUUGAUUGCAGUCAUAAGAUAAUGGUAUCAAUUUUGGUCGGAGUUACUUUAGAAAGAUUAAACAAUGAAUUUGGCUGCUUGAACAUACCAAUUGUACGUACGAUGCCCAACACCCCGAUGCAGGUUGGAGAGGGAUGUACGAUUUAUUGCGCCAAGUUCGGCACCACAAACUCAACGGUGGGCGAGCGGUACGAAGAAGUAAAAUUCAUGCUCAAUCAGUUGGGCCUUGCUUUCGAAGUAAAGGAAGAGCAAAUGAAUGGAAUAACGGGUUUGACUGGAUGCGGUCCAGCCUACGUGUAUGAGAUAAUCGAAGCGCUCGCCGAUGGUGGUGUAAAACAAGGAGCCGCCAGAGAAAUGGCGUUAAAAAUGGCUGCUCAAACUGUGAUGGGAGCUGCCAAAACUGUACUCGAAACCGGCAAACAUCCGGCAGUUCUAAAGGACGAAGUUUGUUCACCUGGAGGAGCGACUAUCUAUGGCGUGCAUGAGUUGGAGAAAGGAGCGAUGAGGGCUACCUUAAUAAACGCUGUUGAAAGGGCAGCUGCCAGGGCUAGAGAGCUACAGUAAAUCGUCGAUAUAAAUUGCAUUUCUUAAUAGUCAUUUGUUACGUCGAAAAAAAUAGUCUCUGUAAGGAUACGGCUCUCUGACAGAAGUAUCAAGAUUAUACAUGUUACAUUCUCUGUGUUAUAAUAAAGCCUGAUAUUUUCGGAAUA